GCGCGGGAGCACUCAGUGUGUGUCUCGUGAGAUGAGCGGGAAGGCGUGACUGCGGGAAAUGUAUCUUCUUAACCGUUAUUUUACCUCAUCUCACAGCUGCUGCAUUAUAAUAAGUUUGGAUACCUACAGUAAAGUUUUGUGUUACCUUCUAUGACAAUGGGGAUCUAAACCGAAUUUAACAAGGUACUCCAGAUGGUCAGAGAUCUGAUUUAGUGAGGCUAUGGGCAUUAGAUCAUUCAGGUGGAGUGGAACUAAGAGUACCGAAAGAGGUGCAGAGAAAGACUGACAACUGGAAAAAAGCAAACAAGCAUAGACGGAAGAGAGAGGAAGAACCAGAAGAGAGAAGCAUAGAAGAGGAGGUACAAGCGAAACACAGCAUGAAUGUAGCAUGGAAGUGAAGGAACGCCGGCCUUACUGCUCCCUCUCUCGGAGCAGGGGAGAACGAGGGAGAGACGGAGAGAGGGAAGGAGACAGAGAGGAGGGGGAGGGCUACAGGGAGGGUCCCGGCAACCGUCGCAACACAGCCUCAUCUUCAGUCCUUACCCAGAAGUCCUAUAGCUCCAGUGAGACGCUGAAGGCCUUUGAUCAGCACCCAGCCACCCAGGGGCUUUAUGGGCAUCGCAUGCCAGACAUGGUGCCAAGGGACACAGAGGAAUACAGAGCUCCAGGCCAGAGUCUCUCACUAAGGCAGCUUGGAAUAUGCGGCCCUGCUCCUCGUCGUGGUCUGAGUUUCUGUGCCGAGACUGGACUCAGUCAUCACACACAACACAGCGGAGCAGACCAUAUCCAGAAUGCAGGGGGCAUUUCUCCAGACUGCGCUAUGCUAUGGGUUAAGUCACACGGACGGGACUCCCGGCUGUCCAGUCGGUCCAAUUCUGCUUUAACACUCACAGACACAGAGCAGGACAACAAAUCAGACCAGGAGAAUGACCAACUUCCUAGACAACCAGGCCCACCCCCUCUGUCACCUGCUCCACAUCAACACAUGCAGCAUCCUUCAGUCACCUCCCUCAACCAAUCACUGGCCAAUCAGACGGCAGAGCUUCAGAGCGCAUCUGAAUGUGUGCAGCUGCAAGAAAACUGGGUUCUGGGUGACAACGUAGGCUUGGAGAACAGGCACUUCCUGCUAAAGACUGGAACAGGCACCACUUCGCUCUUCACAACGCCUAAUCCAGGUUACACAAUGGCAGCUGGGGCUAUCUACUCCCCACCUGCUCGCCCCUUAACCCGCAACACCCUUUCAAGAGGUGCAUUCAAAUUUAACAAGUCGCCUAAACGGUGUUCGUGGAAAUGCACAGCUCUCAGUGCUCUGGGUGUGGCCACACUGCUAUCAGUUCUGCUCUGCUACUGUAUAGCCAUGCAUGUACUUGGCCUGAACUGGAAACUGAAGGAUGCUGAUAAUCAUGCCUUUGAGAAUGGACGAGCCAAACCAGUGACGUUUCCGACCAACACUGUGACUGCAAUUUCUACAGAUGGAAGGGUAGGUGUGGUGCUGCAGUACAACUCCACACUGGACACAGGACAAGUGGAGUUGGGUCAGCAGGUUGCACAGGCCAUUCCACCAGCAGUAUUCUGGAGGUCCAGACUUCUCAUUGAAAAACCCCACUUCCUCAAGUUUAACAUUUCCAUUCAGAAAAAUGCUCUGAUUGGAGUCUAUGGGAGGAGGGGACUCCCACCCUCGCACACACAGUAUGACUUUGUGGAGCUUUUGGAUGGCAGUAGACUCAUCUCAAGAGAGCGCGUUCAGUUGGAUCCUGAGCUCAGGGAUAGACUGGAGAUUCCAGUCAGCAUUCAACAGGCGGGCUUUAUUCAGUACUUGCACACUGGUGUGUGGCACCUGGCCUUUUACAAUGAUGGCCGUACUGUAGAGCCUGUCUCAUACAACACCAUAGGGCUGGAGUCUAUGACGGAAUGCACACACAAUUGCUAUGGCAAUGGAGAAUGCGUCUCAGGCACAUGUAAUUGCUUCCCAGGAUUUCUUGGGCCAUAUUGUUCAAGAGCUUCGUGCCCAGUUCUGUGCAGUGGCAAUGGUCAGUACAAUGGAGGGCUCUGCCAGUGCUACAGCGGAUGGAAGGGCAUUGAAUGUGACGUGCCAAGCGGUCAGUGUGUGGACGUCCAGUGCGGGGGUCAUGGCCUGUGUGUUUCAGGCUUCUGCAUGUGUAACCCAGGCUACAAAGGCAACAGCUGUGACCAAGUGGACUGUGAGGAUCCUUCAUGUUCAGGACAUGGCUCCUGUCUUCAUGGUCAGUGCCACUGUACCUCAGGCUGGACCGGAGCUAACUGUGAGAUGCAACUCUCCAUGUGUCCAGAACACUGCUCUGGUCACGGUACAUUCCAGAGUGAGACCAGCACCUGCAUCUGUGACAUGAACUGGACCGGUCCUGACUGCUCAACAGAAAUGUGUGCAACAGAUUGCAGUCCUCAUGGCACUUGUGUUGGAGGUGUGUGUCGGUGUGCGGACGGCUGGUCGGGGGCAGGAUGUGAACAGGAGAACUGUCAGCCUCACUGUGGGGAGCAUGGCAUGUGUCGCAAGGGGAGGUGUGAGUGUCAUCAAGGUUGGACUGGAGAAAACUGCAAUAUCGCUCACUUUAUGGACAGUAAAAUCAAAGAUAGUUGUCCAGGGCUGUGCAACAACAACGGCAGGUGCAUUCUGGACCAGAACGGAUGGUAUUGCCUCUGCCAGUCGGGAUGGAGAGGGGUGGGGUGUGAUGUCGCUAUGGAAACCCUUUGCUCAGACGGCAAGGACAAUGAGGGAGAUGGCUUGGUGGACUGUAUGGAUCCAGACUGUUGCAUUCACAGCACCUGUCAGGGUCAGACAUACUGCCGUGGGGCUCCAGAUCCCAGCACAAUGCAACACCAGAGCUCACCUACUGCAGAUGCUCUGGGCUUCUAUCAGCGUGUCAGCUUCCUGGUGGCUCCAGGGGGUACACAUACCCUACCAGGGGAAAACACUUUUAACAGCUUUGUGUCAGUAGUGCGAGGACAGGUGGUGACCGGUGAUGGCACUCCACUGAUUGGGGUGAAUGUCUCCCUUCUGCACUAUCCCCAACAGGGUUAUACCAUUACCAGACAGGACGGCAUGUUUGAUUUAUUGGUCAAUGGUGGCGCUGCAUUGACGUUAAGUUUCGUGCGUGCUCCUUACCCUGCUGUAUAUCGUACAGUAUGGUUGUCAUGCAGAGUGUUCUAUGUGAUGGACACAUUGGUGAUGAGGAAAGAAGAAAGAGACACACCAGCCUGUGAAGUCAAUAGCCUUGACAGACCCUCACCCCGAAUCACAGCAUCACCACAUUCCAGUUUCUACCGUUCCAGUUCUGAGGCCAGCCCCAUCAUCCCUGAAACACAGGUUCUUCAUGAGCAGACAGCCAUUCCUGGAAGUGACUUAGAUUUGAUUUACUUGAGUUCACGUGCCUCAGCCUACAAACCUGUUCUGAAGGUCAUCAUGACCCAGUCCAGUGUGCCCUUCGGCUUGGCUAGGGUCCAUCUCAUGGUGGCUGUGGAGGGCAAAAUGUUUCAUAAGCAGUUCCCGGCUUCACCCCAGCUCUCCUACAGCUUUAUCUGGGACAAGACUGAUGCUUACAGCCAUAGAGUCUAUGGACUAGCAGAGGCUGUGGUAUCUGUGGGAUUUGAGUAUGAAUCAUGCCUGAAUUUGAUCCUAUGGGAAAAGCGGACAGCUACACUGCAGGGAUAUGAGCUGGAGGCCUCCAACAUGGGCGGCUGGACCCUGGAUAAGCAUCACAUCCUGGAUGUGCCGAACGGGAUCCUGUAUAAAGGAAGUGGUGAGAAUGUGUUUCUCUCCCAGCUUCCUUCCAUCAUCAGCACCAUUAUGGGGAAUGGCAGACGCAGAAGCAUCUCCUGCCCAAGCUGUAAUGGCCAGGCAGAGGGAAACAAACUGCUGGCUCCAGUGGCUCUUGCAUGGGGCAUUGACGGCAGCCUGUACGUUGGUGACUUCAAUUACAUCAGGCGCAUCUAUCCGUCAGGCAAUGUCAGCAGUGUCAUGGAACUCAGAAAUAAGGAUUUCAGGCAUAGUAACAAUCCUGCUCACCGGUAUUACCUGACCACGGAUCCAGUGACUGGGAAGCUGUACGUGUCAGACACCAACUCCAGACGCAUCUACAGCCCGCGGGUACUCGCUGGCAGCACGGAGCCUCUGCAGACCUCGGAGGUGGUGGUGGGUACUGGAGAUCAUUGCCUGCCUUUUGAUGAAGCUCAGUGUGGAGAUGGAGGGCCAGCCACCAAGGCUCUUCUAACAGGACCCAAAGGGAUCGCCAUUGACAAGAAUGGACUGAUCUACUUUGUGGAUGGGACCGUGAUCCGGAAGGUGGAUCAGAACGGCAUCAUCUCAACCCUACUAGGGUCUAAUGACCUUGCGUCUGCUCGACCUUUGAGUUGUGACUCAGUAAUGGACAUCCAUCAGGUGUCAUUAGAAUGGCCGACAGACCUGGCUGUCAGUCCGAUGGAUAACUCUUUGUUUGUGCUGGAUGGCAGUGUGGUUUUGCGGAUCACUGAGGAGGGGCAGGUCAGCGUGGCAGCGGGCAGACCCUUGCACUGCCCCAUGCCUUCUACAGACAUCUCUGUGACAGAAAUGCAGCGAGCCACGCAUAUCCAUCUGGAAUCCCCCAGCGCCAUUACUGUCUCCUUCAAUGGUGUGUUGCACAUCGCAGAGACAGACGAGAGGAAGAUGAGCCGCAUACGUAGCGUAGCAGCAGAUGGUGAGAUCAUUCACCUGGCAGGGGCGCCUUCAGACUGUGACUGCAAAACCGACGUCAACUGUGAUUGUUACUUAACAGGAGAUGGCUUCGCUAAAGAUGCUCGUCUGAAUGUGCCAUCCUCUCUUGUAGCAGCUCCGGAUGGAACCCUGUACGUCGCUGACCUGGGAAACAUUCGAAUUCGCAUGAUUGGAAAAAACAGGCCGGCACUUAACAGCAUGGGCUUGUAUGAAGUGGCCUCAUCCGCUGAGCAUGAAGUGUACAUGUUUGACAGUAAUGGAAUACACCAGCAUACGGCAAACUUGAUCACUGGAGACUUCAAAUAUAACUUCAGCUAUAGCAAUGGGGAUUUGACCACAGUGGCUGACAGUCAUGGGAACACACUACGAAUUCGCAGAGAUGCCAGUGGACUCCCUGUCCGCAUCGUUGCACCUAACAACCAGGUUAUUUGGCUAACUGUAGGCUCAAGUGGUGGGCUGAAGACCCUUGGCACACAGGGGCAUGAACAGGUGCUGCUAACUUACCAUGGCAACAGUGGUCUCCUGGCAACCAAGAGCAUUGCUAAUGGAUGGACAACAUUCUAUGACUAUGACACAGAAGGACGAGUGACCAACGUAACUUUUCCUACCGGAGUGGUGACCAGCCUGGCCUAUGACAUGGAGACUGUCUCUGCAGUAGAAAGAGAAAGUUUUGAACGAGAUGAAGCUGCAACCAUCACUAUGAACCAGUCAGCAAUUCAAAGUGUACUCACGUUGCAACAAGACCAGCUGAAGAACAACUAUGUGAUCGGUUAUGACCAGUCAUUGUGGAUUCUGUAUGCCAAUGGAAUGAACACUCACUACCAGACCGAGCCACACAUUCUUUCUGAUGCAUCCUCCCCUAUACUGGCACGUAGAAACAUGACCCUACCCGAUGACAGUGGGCAAAACUUGGUUGAGUGGCGCUUUCGUAAAGAGCAGACACGGACGAAGGUCACAGUGUUUGGACGCAAGCUACGAGUAAAUGGGCGGAACAUUUUGUCUGUUGAUUACGACAGAGUGCUGAGGAUUGAAAAGAUCUAUGAUGAUCACCGUAAAUUCCUGCUGAAGAUUGGUUAUGACACAGCAGGUCAACCCACUCUCUGGAUGCCAAGUAGCAAGUUGCUACCUGUCAACCUUACUCACAACAACAAUGGGCAGUUGAGUGCCAUACAUUGGGGCUCUGUCUCAGACAGGGUAGAGUAUGAUGGACAAGGCCGCCUGCUGUCCAGAACAUUCCCUGAUGGAAAGACCUGGAGCUACACUUACCUGGAGAAGUCCACGGUCCUAAUACUGGCCAGUCAGCGGCAGUACGUCUUUGAAUAUGACCCUCAGGGAGGCCUUUCUGCAGUCACCAUGCCCAGUGUAGCACGCUAUGCUAUGGAGACCAUACGCUCAGUGUCUUACUACCGUAAUCUUUACCAUAUGCCUGAAAGCAAUGCCUCUGUUGCUGUGGACUACAGUGAGGAUGGGAGACUCCUCAGAGUGGCACAGUUGGGCACUGGUCGGAGAGUCCUAUAUCGGUACCGCUGGCACAACAAACUCUCUGAGGUUCUAUAUGACAGCACUCGAGUUACCUUCACCUAUGAUGAGACUGCAGGUGUGCUGAAAACAGUCAAUCUGCAGAGUGAAGGUUUUAUUUGCACCAUUAGAUACAGGCAGCUUGGCCCAUUAAUAGACCGGCAGAUCUACCGCUUCAGUGAGGAUGGGAUGGUAAACGCUCGCUUUGACUAUGCUUACGAUAGUAGUCUACGUGUGACAAGUAUUCAAGGGGUUAUCAAUGAAACACCUCUGCCCAUUGACCUCUAUCAGUAUGAUGACAUCUCAGGGAAGGUAGAGCAGUUUGGCAAGUUCGGCGUCAUCUAUUAUGACAUCAAUCAGAUUAUCUCCACCUCUGUCAUGACUUACACCAAACACUUUGACGGUCAUGGCCGUGUCCGAGAGAUUCAGUAUGAGCUCUUCCGCACUCUGCUGUUCUGGCUCACAAUCCAAUAUGAUGACAUGGGCAGAGUCACUAAGAGGGAGAUGAAGAUUGGCCCUUCCGCUAAUGCCACAAAGUACAGCUAUGAAUAUGACGUGGAUGGUCAGCUCCAGACUGUAUACCUCAAUGAGAAAAUGACAUGGCGCUAUAGCUACGACUUAAAUGGGAACAUACACCUACUGAGUCCAGCAAAUAGUGUGCGCAUCAUGCCUCUACGUUAUGACCUACGAGACCGUAUAACUCGUCUUGGGGACCUUCAGUAUGAAUUGGACGAGGACGGCUUUCUCCGCCAGAGAGGACCUGAGAUCUUCCAAUACAACUCUAAUGGUCACCUGGAACGCGUCUACAGUAAGUCCAGUGGGUGGAGCGUCCAGUACCGUUACGAUGGUUUAGGAAGAAGAGUCUCCACAAAGUCCAACACAGGACAGCACUUACAAUAUUUCUAUGCCGAUCUGAGCUACCCAAGCAGGAUAACACAUGUAUACAACCAUUCAAGCUCACAGAUUACCUCUUUAUAUUAUGACCUGCAAGGACACUUGUUUGCAAUGGAAAUAAGCAGUGGAACAGAGUACUUCAUAGCCUGUGAUAAUAUAGGGACACCACUGGCUGUCUUUGGCAGUGAUGGUAUCCUCCUCAAGCAGGUUCAUUAUACGGCCUUUGGUGAGGUUUACUCCGACUCCAAUUCUGAUAUCCAGUUGGUGAUUGGGUUUCAUGGAGGACUUUAUGACUCUAUCACAAAACUGCUUCAUUUUGGAGCACGGGAUUAUGACAUCAUGUCGGGUCGCUGGACUGCACCUGAUUUCAUGUUGUGGGAGAAAAUCGGCAAGGACCCGUGCCCUUUCAAUCUAUACAUGUUCCGAAACAACAACCCGAUAAGUAAAGUGCAGAACGUUAGAGACUACUUAACAGAUGUGAACAGCUGGCUUGUCACGUUUGGGUUCCAUCUCCAUAACAGCAUUCCUGGUUUCCCAGCACCCAUUUCUGAGAUGACCCAAACAUCAUAUGAGCUGACCAAAAGCCAAGUGUGGGAUGAUUUGGCAACCAGCUUUGCAGUCCAGCAGCACGUCAUUCGGCAAGCUGAAGCGUUUUUAACAUUUGGAAGUCUGCCACAGGUUCAGUUUGGCCAUACCCUGAAGUCUGAAAAACCCUGGCUGUGGUUUGCUUCUAGCAAUUCAUUGAUAUGUCGUGGGAUCAUGUUUGCCCUCUACAAGGGCAUCGUGAUAACUCGUGCACUAAGCCUGGCAAAUGAGGACUGCGUCAAGGUUGCCAACAUCCUCAAUGGCGCCUUUUACUUGAAAGACUUGCACUUUAUUGUUGAUGGCAGAGACACACACUACUUUGUUAAAAUAAGUUCUCCUGAAGCAGACCUGGCCGCUCUGCGGCUCACUAGCGGACGGAAAGAACUUGAGAAUGCAGUGAAUGUAACUGUGUCACAGUCCACAGCUGUUCUAGGUGGCCGUACCCGGCGUUUUGCAGAUGUGGAGUUUCAGCGGGGGGCUCUCACCCUGCACGUGCGCUAUGGUGCAUCCCUGGAUGAGGAACGAGUGCGCGUUUUAGAGAUGGCGAGACAGAGGGCACUAACUAACUCAUGGGCACGUGAGCAGCAGCAAGUACGAAAUGGAGAGGAAGGAUCCCGACUGUGGACCGAGGGAGAGAAGAGGCAGCUUCUCAGUGGUGGACGAGUGCAGGGCUAUGAUGGAUACUACGUGCUGUCAGUAGAGCAGUAUCCUGAGCUAGCUGACAGUGUAAACAACAUGCAGUUCCUUAGACAAAAUGAGAUCGGCAAGAGGUAGUGAAUGCACCAUGCUUAGAUACAACCACUCUUCACUGCUGUUUUUAAUAGAAUAAUACGUUACGUGGACAUUCUGUGGUUUAAGACAGAUUUAUGAAAUGUAAGACUACUCCGAGUCUAACAAAUGUAGUACAACAUAGAGGGGGGAAAAACUAUUAAAGCAACGCUGUGCGUUGUGAAACAUUAAUGUGUUUUCUCAGAACCUAUUAAAGGCCUUAACAAGGUUACUGUUGUGGAGCACAAUUAAAUUAUGAACUUAGUGUGAGUGACAGGCUGGAUUCAUAGAACUGUUGAUAUCUUUAUUUAUCUAUUUAUUAAUGGUUCAUUUUUACAAGCACUAUUCAAAUGUUUCCCUAAAGAGAUAUCAUACCUUUUGAAAAAUGAAAAUGUUUACAUAUGCGUAUCACUUUACCACUGCAAAAAUAACACACAAUGUCAGGUGGUUUAUUGUAGCCAGCUCUAAACUUUACACUGUAAUAUUUUUAUAUUUAUUCAGAUUUGUCUCUUUAUCGUGUAUGUGUCAAGAGCAUCAUAACUGUUGGCAAUCAUGCAGUUCGAAAUGACAACUCCCCUAAAAUAUGAUUUUAGGCCAUUUAUUUUAUGUUAUUUAUUUUCGUGUUUGUCCGAGUAUACUUUAGUCACAAAAACAUUGCUUGUAUAAAUUACAUAUGCCAUCCAUCUUGGUGCAUCAUACAGCAACUGAAUAAACUGUACAUAUUAUGAAUAAAACGGCAACACAGCACAGCAAAUAUGUAAAUGUCUGUAUUUAUGUAAAUCAGUGUUUACCUGCAUAUUUUUUAAAUUAAAAGCAAUUAUUUGCUCAUUUGGUUACAGGUUCCAAGGGAAAUAUUUAUGAAAAUUGUUUGUACUUAAAAUAAAAUAAAAGCUAAAACUACU